UGGGCGGCGACGGCUUGGGGCUUCGUUUCGCGUGCAUUUCUCCUUCCGGACCCCGCGGCUUCCUCAGGGCGGGCUAGGAAUGGGGGAGCCCUGUAGCGGGGUUCUUGAUCUUCCGCUAUGGGUGAGCCACAGCAAGUGAGUGCUCUUCCACCACCUCCGAUGCAGUACAUCAAGGAAUAUACAGACGAAAAUAUUCAGGAAGGCCUAGCUCCCAAGCCUCCACCUCCAAUAAAAGACAGUUACAUGAUGUUUGGCAAUCAGUUCCAAUGUGAUGAUCUUAUCAUCCGCCCUUUAGAAAGUCAGGGCAUCGAACGGCUUCAUCCUAUGCAGUUUGAUCACAAGAAGGAACUGAGAAAACUCAAUAUGUCUAUCCUUAUUAAUUUCUUAGACCUCUUAGAUAUCUUGAUAAGGAGCCCUGGGAGUAUAAAACGAGAAGAGAAACUAGAAGAUCUUAAACUGCUUUUUGUACAUGUGCAUCAUCUCAUAAAUGAAUACCGACCCCACCAAGCAAGAGAGACGUUGAGAGUCAUGAUGGAGGUGCAGAAACGUCAACGCCUUGAAACAGCUGAGCGGUUUCAGAAGCAUCUGGAACGAGUCAUUGAGAUGAUUCAGAAUUGCUUGGCUUCUUUGCCUGAUGAUUUGCCCCAUUCAGAGGCAGGGAUGAGAGUAAAAACUGAACCAAUGGAUGCUGAUAGCAACAAUUGUACUGGACAGAAUGAACAGCAAAGAGAAAAUUCAGGGCAUAGGAGAGACCAGAUUAUAGAGAAAGAUGCUGCCUUGUGUGUCCUAAUUGAUGAAAUGAAUGAAAGACCAUGAAGGAAGUCCUUUUUCUUUUUGCUUUUCUCUUUUCCUUUCCAGUAAAUGGCAUAUAUUCGUUAAUUUGCUCUUGGAAAGUUGAGAGAAAACUAGAAGUCAUGUGAAUGGCUUGACUUCAAUUACGAAAUGUCACAGGCUGUAAUUGCACUGUAUGGCAAGCAGAGGCAAAUGAGUAUAUGUGUAUACACAUUAAGAGUAAUCACCUUAAAAAGGAAAAUGCUGCAGUGUGAAACAUUCUUGGAUUUGGAGUAGCAGAAAACGUUGAAGAUAUCCUCAGUAAUAGCCAGCUUUCAUCUUUGAAAAGUAGAUUUGUCAUUUGCUUUAAGAAUGAUAGAUAAAUAAAGGAUAUCAAGCUGUAUAAAUGUAAAAUUAUAAAAUCUUUAGAUUUAUUUUACUUAAAAAUUUACUUGAUCUCUAAAAAUGUAGUAUAAUGUGUUAAAAGAGAGCAACCCCAUAGAGUUAUAAAACAGCAGUUUUGUUUCCUCUUCACUGCUUCUGUAAACACUGUUUCAGCUUCUUGUUCCUACCCUGGAUAGGUCUAUUAACUUUUUUCCAGUCUCUCAGAUAAUAAAUCCUUUGAUCACUUUUUGUUACA